AUGGGAGACAUGGGAGACCCACCAAAAAAAAAACGUCUGAUUUCCCUAUGUGUUGGUUGCGGCAAUCAAAUUCACGAUCAGUAUAUUCUGAGGGUUUCUCCGGAUUUGGAAUGGCAUGCGGCGUGUUUGAAGUGUGCAGAGUGUAAUCAGUAUUUGGACGAGACCUGUACGUGCUUUGUUAGGGAUGGCAAAACCUACUGUAAAAGAGAUUAUAUCAGGUUAUACGGCAUCAAGUGCGCCAAAUGCAGCAUCGGCUUCAGCAAGAAUGACUUCGUGAUGCGCGCCCGCGCCAAGGUGUACCACAUCGAGUGUUUUCGCUGCGUGGCCUGCAGCCGCCAGCUCAUCCCCGGCGACGAAUUCGCACUGCGGGAGGACGGCCUCUUCUGCCGGGCGGACCACGACGUGGUGGAGAGGGCCAGCCUGGGCGGCGGGGACCCUCUCAGCCCCCUGCAUCCCGCUCGGCCGCUGCAGAUGGCAGCAGAACCUAUCUCUGCCAGACAGCCAGCUCUGCGGCCCCACGUCCACAAGCAGCCCGAGAAGACAACCCGAGUCCGGACUGUCCUGAAUGAAAAACAGCUUCACACCUUGAGGACCUGCUACGCUGCCAACCCCAGACCUGACGCCCUCAUGAAAGAGCAGCUGGUAGAAAUGACUGGCCUCAGCCCAAGGGUCAUCAGGGUUUGGUUUCAAAACAAGCGAUGCAAGGACAAAAAAAGGAGCAUUAUGAUGAAGCAACUUCAGCAGCAGCAACCCAAUGACAAAACUAAUAUCCAAGGGAUGACAGGAACUCCAAUGGUGGCUGCUAGUCCGGAGAGACAUGACGGCGGUUUGCAGGCGAACCCCGUGGAGGUGCAGAGUUACCAGCCGCCCUGGAAAGUACUGAGUGACUUCGCAUUGCAGAGUGACAUAGACCAACCUGCUUUUCAGCAACUAGUUAAUUUUUCAGAAGGAGGACCUGGUUCCAAUUCUACUGGAAGUGAAGUAGCAUCAAUGUCCUCUCAGCUGCCAGAUACACCCAACAGCAUGGUAGCCAGUCCUAUUGAGGCAUGAGGAACAUUCAUUCAAAUAUCUGUUGUUGUUGUUUCUGCCCUUACCCUCAACCCUGUUGAAGAGAGUGGGAAAGUGAACGUGUUGGGACUUCGAAAUUUAGGGGGAAAGAAUACUUAACAACCCUUUAAUGAACCUAGCAAGGAACUGCUCCAUGAGAUGAACGGAGUCAUAUUUGAAAAGACAAGGUAAUAUGGUAGCAACACUGUGAAGACAAUCAUGGGAUCUUACUAGAA